UCCCGUAGGAAUCUCAAAACUAUUCCAAACAAUGAUGUACAGAAGAAGCUUAAAAUAAGUUUUGAUGGUCUAAGUGAUGAUAGGGAUAGAGAAAUAUUUCUUGAUGUAGCAUUUUUCUUUAUUGGAAUGCACAAAAAUGAUGUAAUUGAUAUAUUAAAUGGCUGUGGGCAUUUUGCUGAAAUUGGAAUAAAAGUUCUUACGGAACGAUGCCUUAUUACUGUGGACACUAAGAGGAAACUUGGCAUGCAUGGUUUGCUGCGAGACAUGGGAAGAGAAAUUAUUCGCGAGAGUUUGCCAAUGAAACCUGAGGAACGCAGUAGGUUGUGGAAUCCAGAUGAAGUGCUUAAUGUAUUAUCAAAAGACAUGGGAACAAAAGCUAUUGAGGGACUUGCUUUGAACCUGCCAAAGUCAUUGGAUCCAACUCAGUUAAAGACAGAAGCAUUUAAGGAGAUGAAGAGACUGAGAUUGCUUCAGUUUGCAAAUGUGCAACUUGUUGGAGACUUUAAAUACCUUUCAACAGAUCUUCGAUGGUUGUGCUGGCAUGAAUGUCCUUCAGAAUAUACAACUGCAAACUUUGAUCAAGGAAAUUUAGUUGCCAUUGACUUCAAAUAUAGCAAACUCGACCUAGUAUGGAAGAUGGGUCAGAUGAUGAAGAAUCUAAAAUUUCUCAAUCUUAGUCAUUCUCAACAUUUGACACAAACUCCUGACUUUUCAAAUAUGCCCAAUCUUGAAAAGUUAAUACUCAAAUAUUGCCCAAAGUUGACUUCGGUUUCUCAUACCAUUGAACAUCUCAAGCAAGUUCUUCUAAUCAAUUUGAAAGGGUGUUCACGGCUUCGUGUACUUCCAAGAAGCAUCUACAAGUUGAGAUCUCUCAAAACUCUCAUUCUUUCAGGAUGUUCAUUGAUUGAUAAGCUAGAGGAAGACAUAGAACAGAUGGAAUCAUUGGCAACUUUGAUGGCAGAUAAAACUGCCAUAACACAAGUGCCUCAUGCACUACUAAGAUUAAAGAGCAUUGUGUUUAUUUCUUUGUGCGACUUUGAAGGAUUAUCGCGCAAUGUGUUUCCUUCAAUCAUUUGGUCAUGGACCUCUCCAACAAAUAAUUUCUCACCCCAAGUGCAAACAUUUUUGGACUUGUCAAAUAUUGUUUCCUUAAUAGUUCCAAAUAGAAAGUCUCAAGGCCUAUCAUCCAUCAUCAGAGGGCUUCCACAGGUUCAGAAUGUUGGGCUGGAGUGUGGCUCACAACUUCAAAUAGCAGAUGUAGCUUCUGAUACUUUUAAGGUCACAAACUGCAAUGAAAUGAUAGUAACAUCAAGUGCAUCAAAUGUCUCAAAAAGGAGUACCUUAUCAUUAGCUGGUUGUUGCAGCAAACAUGACAUUAUUGAAGCUGAGAUUUCCUUGAAUUUAAUUUUAAUCCAAAUGGGAAUGAGUUGUGCUGUCACAGAGGUACUUAGAGAGAAUAUUUUUCAGAAAUUUAGUGCCAGAGUACCUGGAGAUUGUUUGCUUCCUGGCAACAAGAAUCCUGAUUGGUUAGCAUACAGUAGCAAAGAUUCUUCUGUAACUUUCCAUGUCCCUCAAGUGAAUGGGCGUAAGUUAAAGACAGUGUUGUUGUGUAUAGUCUAUUCUUCUUCCCCAAACAAUGUACCGUCAGAAGCCCAUAUUGUCAAAAAUCUGUUUAUCAUAAAUCACACAAAAACCACCCCUUAUGUCUAUGAUGGAGAUACACUGGCUUCACUUAAAGAUGAGGAGUGGCAGAAGGUAACAUCAAACCUUGAAGCUGGUGACAAAGUGCAGAUUGUUGUUGUUGCGGGGUUAGGAUUCACAGUGAAGAAGAUAGCAGUUUAUCUCGUAUAUGCAGAUCAACAAGCUGAAGGUAUUGUUUGUGCUGACGAUAUGGUAGCAUAUGCAAAUUUCACUGUUCAUGGUGGAGAUAACAAUAAAAAUUUGAACUCACUUGGAAAACGAAAAUUCCAGAGAGUAUGAUCAUCAAAUAGUCAAAUAAGCACAACCCACAUUAAGUCUUUUCUGAAUUAGAUUCAUGAAGGCCAAGACACAAGUAACGAGCUCCAUCUGGAUAGAGAAGGUGAUAAGACACCUGAAAUCAUCAUUAUCGUUCUCAUUUUAAACUACAGCUUGUUUAUUUACUUGUUGUUAGAUUCAUAGCGAAAUCCAUGAUACAAGAACCGCGCUGUACGCGCAGCAGCGCUAUGAGGCAAGGAGCCCAAGGAGAACCCAGGCUUGGCUAGGGGCUUGCCUAACUGGGAAGUAAAGCAGCAUAGGAAGGCCAUCAUACCUUGAAAAUUAGAUCUUAACUUGUUACAAUUUUGCUCUGUUGCAGUUGAAGCAAUUCAAUUUGUCCAACAACUUGAACUACAACAACCAAAAUGAUAACAAUUAUGCUUAUAUCAUAAAAUAGAACGUAACAAACUUACAUCCAUGACACUUACUUUUUUAUCUGUGCUGGAAACAGGAAUCUUAUUAUUGAUUGCAGGUGUAGCAUCAACAGCAGGGACACUGAAAUUCUUAUCUCUCAUAUCAUCAACAUUAGAAGCAUCUUCUUUCUUACCAACAACCAUGCUAUUCACAAUGACAUCUUCUUGGCAUUCAUCAAUGUUUUGGUCGAUCGACUCAUCAUGAAUGAGGUAAACUGCAGUGUUCUUCGCAAUGACUCCAUCCCCAAAACAACAACCACCUGAACUUUGUCACCAGCUUCAAGAUUUGAUAUAACACUCUGCCAAUCUUCAUCUCUAAGUGAAAGCAAGGUAUCUCCCUCAUAUAGAUAAGGAGUGGUCUUUGUGUGAUUAAUGAUCAACAGAUUUUUAAGAAUUAGGCCUUCAUAUAUCAUGAUAUCUGGGGAGGAAUAAACAAUGCACAAUGUCACUGCCUUCAAAUUAUGCCCUUUCAGUUUAGGGACUUCGAAAAUCAUAGAAGAACCUUCACCAUUGAAACUUAACCAAUCAGUAUUGUUGUCACCAGGGAGCAAACAUUCUCCCACAUCACUGGUACUAGCAGCCAGUUUCUGUAUGAUUAAUGAUUCACAAUAACAUAAGCUUGGUUAAGAAUACAAAUUUCACUUGUUCAAGUAAUAAGUGUAUAAGAUAUGACAGAGUAUAUUUUAAUGAUUUGCAAAUCUAAGUGUUAAUUUAAUCAUUUC